UUCAAUCAAAAUGUAAGCCGUGCAAGAAGAGUCUUUUUUUCCAGGACUGUGACAAGUUUAAUAAGAUUAAAUUGUUUUAAUUUUUUCUCUGUUUUUGUAAACGUUUAUUCUUUAUAAAGUGCAGUGUAGAAGUUUUAUUUGAAUCAGCAAGUUUUAAGUUUUAAUUAACCUGUAUGCUACAAAACUUAAAUUGCAGUUACAAACACUUUUUGGGAUAACAUCACCAUGUCACAUACUUAAAACAGUUCAAGCAGCUCAACCACAGGAUCGUAAAAAAUGCAUGAGUUAUUCACCCAAGUUUUGACGAAAAAAGAUUUGUCUAAGGCUGGAGACCUUUUUUCUGUUGAUGAUAAAUCCAUCAUUCAAGAUCUUUCUGAAGUUAUUCAUAAAAUUAGAGAGAUUAUUCAUCUUUCUGAAUAUAAAAGAAAUGCAAACGAUCAGAGUGUUGUUGAAAUUUGCAUCACAAGAGUGACUUCUGCCAUUAGAGAAACCGGCUCUAUUGAAAAACAUGCAGAUGCUUUGGUUGCUCUUCUUGAGUCUUGUCUUUGUCACAGUUUGGCACCAUCCAGCAAGGGAGAAGAUCCACCACAUACAAAAAUUGCAUCUGAUGUUCUUUCAUGCAUAUUUUUGAAUUACAGCAAGAGAGGGGUGAUGGAAUUAGCACUGCCAGUAGCUGUGAAGUUUCUACACAAAGGAAAUCGUGAUCUAUCGCGAAAUCUGUCCUCCUAUCUCUCCCUUGCAGCCAUUAACAACUCGGACUUACUGGCCCAGCAUAUUCAGCCAAUCAUUGAUUCGUUUAUAUCAGGUAAUUAUGCACUAGCUCGAGUGCUGCCCCAGGUAUAUGCUGUUAAUCGAGAAGCAAUCCACGGACAUGUGAUGACCCUAGCAUCGCUAUUACCCCUCUGUGAUACACCGGAAAAAAUAUCAUUGUUGAGUCUUCUUGGUCCAAUCGCACGCAAUCAGCCUGCCUUAUUGGAAGCAAGUCUACCUCAGCUUUGUGAUUGUCUUUCUGUGCCUUCCGCCAUUCCAGCCACCCUGCAGCUUCUGACAGAAAUGGCAGCGUACAAGGCUUCCUUGUUGGUAGAUUACUCAUCAAGAAUCAAAGAAGCGGCUGAGACUUCGCCGUCAGUUGUUUGCUUGGCCGCCCAAGUGAUAGCUCGUAUAGGGCAAGUAAAUGAAGACCGCGGUCAGGAAGCUUUAGACUUCGUCGUCCAACAGAUUAUUCAAGCAGAGAAUCAUAACAUCCCUUCAUUGUUGCGAGAAGUAGCCAGUUUGUGUGCAACUCACCCGAAGUUGCUUACUGAAAGACUUGUCAACAAAUUGGAAAGCUACGUAGAAGCAGCACCCAGUGUCGCCAAAAACAUCUAUCAACAAAUGAAAUCAAACCUAUCAGCACAGCGUAGUGGACAAGGAGUUCCCAAGAACAACGCCAACGUCACUGUCCUUAAAGUCAACGGGGAAAACCAACAUGGCACCGCUACAAAUCAUCAUCGACUCUCGUUGCCACUUCAAGGUUUUACAGGCAACUUGUCGAGUGUCAACAACGCAACUUCAAACAACAAUCGCGCUUCACUCGGCGGAUUCGUUAAUGUCGGUAAUAUGAGUGUGCCGAUUUCAGUAGCUAGUGCUGUCUUCAGUGGCACACCUGUUUAUAACUCACAAGGCAUUCCCGUCCUUUUGACAUUUGGACCUGGCGGCUUGAACAUUACCAAUCCCAGCACGACUACUUCGACCAGUAACAGCAAUAGUGUCUCCAAUUCUGGUAACAGAGUAGUUGGCAGCAGAACGAAACAGGCCGAUGCUAGUCGCUCUACACCUAGGCUUACACCACCUACAGUGCCCGGUAGCAGUGCGGUUGCAGCUGCUGUCAUGAAUCGAUCUAUGAGCUGGAUCAAUGCGGUCCAUAUGAGUACCAAUCGACUCAGCCCUAGCCCUGCUGGACCUGUUAUACACAAGGGGAACAUUGCCCGAUUUGGUUCAUCUCAUCAAAUGGCUAUUGGUGGAACGCCUUAUGGACCAAGUCGUGAGGCCCAUGGUCCAGGAAUCCACAAUCCAAAUCAAGGUGGACGUGGAGCUGUCUUCGCUAGUCGGGGUUCCCGCGGUAGUCUUUCUACCAAUCGAGUACAAGUUUCGUCUGGAAAUGCAACCGCAGUCACUAGCAAUAUAUCUGCAUCUUCAGCAAACAACCCAAUGCGCAGCGUCAGUGGAAGUUUGACAACGAUGAAAGAAGACCCUGAAGCUGAUCUACGAAUGAAUAGUUUGGUUUUUGGCCACAAUAACCCAAAUGUCGGACUAGGUGUUCGCGAUAUAGGGGUCAUAGCUGGCUUGGGUGGAGGAAAUCACAUGACACCUUCACCCACCAUUGCUCUAUCUCCCAUUAGUCGAAUUCAGAAUCCCACGCCUUUCUCCAUGAUUCCUUCAAGCCUGUCCUCGUUGGCUCCUUCGCCACCUCCUAUUGGGCAAAAUGGCGGUGGGAACGCUAAGAUGCACGACGAAAUGAUCCAGUCGGCUGUCGACAACCAGCACCACAAAGCAUCCAUGAAUACUCUGGCGUCUCAAAGCACUUUAUCUUUCCACAAUUCAAGCGUAACCCUCAGUAAUCCAUCCGGUCAACAGCAGCCCCAACAACAAGUGGUCGUGAGACGUAACCAUGCACAGUCUGGCAAUUUUUCGGGCAACCCAAACGGAGAGAGGAAUAGACAAGACGAUGCUGUGGGUAUGGCAGCGUCACAGCGUAUUAGCGUCUUUGAGCCAUACCCCAUGCAAGAUGCCGUUAAGCACUUUUGUGACAAACAUCUUGAUAAAAUCAAAGCCUAUAUGGAAAGGCUAAUGGCGCGACUACCUUUACCUGUUAAAUGUACCAUUGAAGAGCGUCGAUCAAAAAAACACGCCAAAGUGCACUUUACGUGCCAAGGCAAGAGCGAAUAUUGUCUUUAUGGAAAAUCUUUAUUUGCUCUAAAAACAAAACAUCCUAGACUCUGGAUUCACCUUAUGUUUCUUGCCCUGCAGGCAAGGUCAACUUCGGCAUUGAGUACACGAGAUGCAUCAGUCAGCAGUUUGAAAAAUUGCUGGGAUAUCCUCAAGUGUGACAACCGCUCUUUCUUGAAUCUAGUUAUGUCUGCCUUCCCGUCUGCUAAAGACCAAGAUUGCCUUAUGCAUGAGCUACAACAAGACCGCUUCUUUGACGUGUUCGAAUUCAAUGCACCUGCUGGAACGUGGAAUUGUUUUCUUUGCAAUCAUCCGGAACGAGCGCCUGGUUUUAUGCAAGAAAAUCAUCCUUUGAUGGAGGGCCAGCUCAAAGAAAAGAGGAACAAAUGGCUCAUUUUCCGACGCUGGAGGACACGUUAUUUCACACUGUCAGGUGCACAUCUUUCUUACAAGGAAUCGAAGUUGGAUCAAGAUGCGACUCCGAUCGAAAUUAAUCAGAUUCGAAGUGUCAAAGUAGGACGUCAAGGCAGAAGCAUCCCAAAAGCUUUUGAAAUUUUUACCAGCGACAAGACUUAUGUUCUUAAAGCUAAAGAUGGUAAAAAUGCAGAAGAAUGGGUUCAAUGCCUUUCGAUUGCGGUAGCUUCGUCGCAUGCUCGUGACACUCCUUCUAGACCACCUUCCCAACAUUUUUCACUAGCGCAGUCACAAUUCGGUUUGAGGACGGCUGUUUAAAGCAGUUAUUUCCAAACGCCUUACAGAACUUAUCAACGUUGAUGUUGGCAACUUUAUUUUUAUAUUUGAACGACUCAAACUCACCCCAUUCUAUAAACAACACUAAUGACCAUUUAUCUGAUUAAGCCAUUGCUAUUCGGAAUUCCUUCUUUAUUUGAUUCACGAAGUCAUUGCUACACAUCCAUUCCUCUGCUUCAAAAUUAGAAUUAUCGUGAUACGACUGUCAACAUUGGAUAUGCUGGAGGUUAAAACUUUUUUUUUGCUCGAUUCAAAUUUAACAAAAGAUUCAUCAAACUAUUUUCACGAUCGUGCUUCCUACCUAUGCCUUGUUGUUAGUAUGUUUCGCCGUGGUUUAUCACCGUGUAUUGGAAACCACGGACUUGUUAUAUAAUUUAGACUUAAACUCCCGCGGAUGUAUGUUCUUGCUUAUUACGACGGGAAAACGUCAAGAAGAAACAGUCCGACAAUACAUAUCAAGGUACAUUAA